AUGACUUCCAAUUCCUGUAGCAGUGACAUUGUAAGUGGAUGUUAUAUUCACGAUGAUGUUGCCUUCUCUAUUCUAUCAAAACUCCCUAUUAAAUCUUUGAAACGAUUUGAAUGCGUAAGAAAAUCAUGGUCUCGCCUUACUGAAGACUCUAGUUUCAUGACUAUGUAUAGCAAAAAUCUUAUUAUAUCUCAACCUUAUGAGGGUGGUACAGCUUUACUCAUAUAUAUUAACUCUGAACCUGAAAGGUUCCAUUUUCUAUCAGGUGAAAGGUUUGAGAAUAGCGUCAGUUUCAUUUCUCCAGUUAAUUCUGCAGUUGAAAUCAAUGGCUUUGCGAGUGUUAAUGGUAUACUUUGUUUCCAUUACGGUCUUUUUGAAAAAAGUAUCUCACUGUGGAAUCCAAUUACCGAAGAAUCUAAGCUUAUUCCUUCUUCUAGGACACUUCUUCCACCUAUUGUUCAUAAAUUUAAGGCGGCGGAUAGCUUUCUCCAUCACACUAUGAUUCAUGGAUUUGGUUAUGACUCUAUUGCUGAUGACUAUAAGGUGAUUUGUCUUGAAACAUUUGAACCACUCUUUCGUAAUGAUGAGCUAAGCAAGAAACAUUCAUUCUUGUUGCAACAUAAAUCCCUGCAACCCUUUUGGCAGAUUUAUAGCCUAACAAGUAACUCGUGGAAGAAACUCCAUGUCAAUAUGCCUCGUGCUUCAAUUUCGGAUGGAAAUUUUCAAGUGUAUAUGGAUGGAGUUUGUCAUUGGUUGUCUAUGCCUCAUUGGUUUUGUUAUCCUCUUAAACUUUAUGUAGGAACAUGUAUGGUAUCAUUUGACUUGAACAAUGAGACAUUCUUAGUCACACCCGUACCCUCAUACGUUAUAUUGACGCGGACACAAUUGUUGGUGUUGAAUGACUCCAUUGCCUUGAUCUCCUUCCCUGACCACACACAAACUUUUCACAUAUCAAUUUUGGGUGAAGUUGGUGUGAAGGAAUCAUGGAUCAAACUUUUUACGGUUAAGAAACCUUGCGCUUGUGUUGGGAUUCCUAUGGGAGUCGGUAUGAAUGGUGAAAUAGUCUUUGCAAAUAAAGACAACGAACUACUUUUGUUUGAUUUAAAUACCAAGAAGAUCGUCGAGCUUGGUAUUAAAAGAAGAGGUGAAUGGUGUCUUGAUCAGAUUAAAGUUUACAAGAAAAGCCUUAUUCCAAUCAAAAGAAAUUUAUUAUUCUCCUAUAGAUAG